AUGGAGAGAUACGGGCAGCUGCGGAAACAGAAAUCCAAACGAAUGUCCCGCAACAGGGGUGGCGAUGAGAGAUUGCAGAGUGCCGCAAAGGCUGCUCAAACGAUCAGUUAUGGAGAAGGAGAACCUGUGGAUGCACUGCCACAUUUGGCUUCUGGAGAAGCCACAGCGGCCCGAUCUUCCUGGUACAAUGAUGUCAUCAAUCAAGGAGGAACCGAUGAAUUGAAUGCCAUUUUGCAAGAAGCCAACAUAAUGGCUAACAAUCAAGACGAAGAAGAAGUCCUGGAACAAUAUCGCAUCAUGGCACAUGUAGAAGCUAGUAUUCGAGUCAAGGAAAAUACUGGGUUUGACAUGUCAGAAUACGAAAAACGGCGCAAACUGCAUCCCGAACAGCCCAAAUUGGAUUAUUUUGACAAGAGCCGGAAACCCAAACAAAUAUUGCCAGAUGCCAAAGACAUGUCAGGAGUUAACAGCAAUGGUAUGAUGCGAGCAGAAGAGCCACCACUUCCACUACCUACACCCAAUCGGCGGUAUUUAGAACAGAGGGCUCCUCUCACACCAGACCUAGUGGAUGGAGAACCGAUAAGAGGAGGAAGUAUCCCAACGGGUUUUGUGUCGGUCAAGUGUUUGGGGUGCAAGAUACCACUGAAAGUCAACAUGUUUGCGACACUGAUGAGAUGCUCUGAAUGCUCCACAGUCAGUCCAGUGACUUCUUCAAGACGUUAA